UUUUGCCAAAAUCCAAAGACUCAGUCUUAUUUUAUUUAGUAAUUGGUGGUACAGUUUGCCAUAGCACAUGCACUUUGAUUUCUUUUGGCAGAUUUUUUAUUAUUAUUUCCAUUGUUGUCAAGUUUAGUUGCUGAAUUUGCUUGAAUUACAAAAACCCAAGUCUGGGACUUGGCCAGUUAGUGGAAACAGAAACACAGAAUUCAAGUCAAUUGAAAACAAAAAAGCAAAGAAAAACAAUAGUAACCCUUUUUUUUUGUGGUUGAAUUGAGAAAAAGAUUGGUUGAUCAAGCCAAGAAAGUUGAAGUUUUUGAUCAUCAACUUAUUAAUAGAUAUUUCUUUUUUGUUCGGAUAUUCUGUGUUCUGCAAAAAAAUUUGCUGAUUUCUGUGUCUGUUUAUGCUUCAACAAGUGGAUAAAGGGAAGGGAAAAAGGAAAAAUAGAUAUUUCAAGAUGGGAAUUUGCUGGGGUUCUCCAGCUGAUAAUCCAACACCAAGCACCACUGGUCAUCUCAGUUCAGUGAUAUCUCAGACAACCAGCAACUCUGCAACUUCUAGGGGCAGUAACAUCUCCCAGAACAGCGGGUUCUCAGCUUCAAGUGGGGAUAUGUCUUUUUCAAAUGGGCAGAUCUUGCCCACCCCUAAUCUAAAGAUCUUCAGUUUUGCAGAACUGAAGUCUGCAACUAAGAAUUUUAGGCCUGACAUGGUGCUUGGAGAGGGAGGUUUCGGUAAAGUCUUCAAAGGUUGGCUUGAUGAGAAGGCACCAGGGAAGAGUGGAAGUGGAACCCUCAUUGCUGUUAAAAAACUGAACUCUGAGAGCUUGCAAGGAUUUGAGGAAUGGCAGUCAGAGGUAAAUUUCUUAGGAAGGGUGUCUCAUCCUAACCUUGUAAGGCUGCUGGGAUACUGUUGGGAGGAUCAAGAGCUUCUUCUUGUUUAUGAGUUUAUGCAGAAGGGCAGCUUGGAAAACCAUCUAUUUGGAAGGGGUUCUACUGUUCAAUCACUUGAAUGGAAUGUACGGCUUAAAAUUGCAAUAGGAGCAGCAAAGGGCCUGUCUUUCUUGCAUACAUCAGACAAGCAAGUAAUUUACAGAGAUUUCAAAGCCUCAAAUAUACUGCUUGAUGGGUCCUAUACAGCCAAGAUAUCAGAUUUUGGGUUGGCCAAGUUGGGUCCUUCUGCUAGCCGAUCACAUGUAACAACAAGGGUCAUGGGUACAUAUGGUUAUGCAGCUCCAGAAUAUGUUGCUACAGGACAUUUAUAUGUAAAGAGCGAUGUGUACGGUUUUGGUGUUGUUUUAGUUGAAAUACUAACAGGCUUGCGAGCACUUGAUCCGAACCGCCCAAGUGGGCAACAUAAUCUGGUGGACUGGGUGAAGCCAUAUUUAUCUGAGAGAAGAAAAUUGAAGAACAUAAUGGACCGUGGAUUGGAUGGCAAAUAUCCUUCCAAGGCUGCAUUCCGAAUAGGCCAGCUUGCUUUAAAAUGUCUUGCUCCUGAACCUAAGAACCGUCCAUCAAUGAAAGAAGUUGUAGAGACUUUAGAACUGAUUGAGUCAACCAAUGAAAAGCCAGCAGAGCCUAGAAAUCGUUCUGCUCGUCACACAACUCGCAGACAUGGCCAGCAGCCAUUGCACCGUCGAUCCUCACUUGCUCCAAAGCAUGAAGCAGGUACUGCCUAUCAGAACGCACCACGGGUGAGGUAAGUUAGGCACAUUGGUCCGAUUGUUGCAGGUCUCAAAAAUUAACAUGCUAAUUGUUUCGCAAACGAUUCCCAUUUCUUUAUUUUUGCAUUUUUUUUAAUAAUCUACAACGAGUUUAAUUUUUGCAGUGUGACUUAUAUUGGACAUAAUGGUAGUAGUUAAAUUGUAAUUAUUUCAGUAAGUACAGCGAGUUGAGUUUGAUAUCUUGUUAUAAUAGUUUUAUUUAAACCAUUGUGCUUUGUUGAUCAAUCUCAAACAGUGGAGAUAAGCUGAAUACUGUAAUGGGAUCCUAAUGAUGAGACCUGCCUAUGUAUUUUUAGUGUUUUGGUCAUUUGAGUACUAUAUUAUUGCUUGUUAUUUUAUCUAGUAUUUGAGUGAUAAAGAAAGUUUUACAUGCUUUGUCGCUGGAUAUUUUAUACUUGCAAUAUGAUUGCUACUCAUCAAAAGUUGCCAAGCGGAACUCGGCUAAAAAAAUGAAUGGCUUGUACGAAGGAAUGGAGAGACAGAAAUAUGGCAGUGGGUUUUGGGAGAGAA